UCCGCGUUGGCGCAGCGCUCCCGGAGCCCCGGUAUAAAGCAGCAGGCAGCGGCGGCGGCCGCCGCCUGGUCCCUCUCCGGCCUUAUGGAGACGCUGCGGAGGCCCGAAGGGAGGAGGCCGGUCCCGGGGGUGAGCGGAGGCCGGGAGGCAGCCGAGGGCAAGCAUGAGUGCAGGCAGCAUCUCCUCCCUGCUGGGCUGCCCCGGUUGGCGUGAGGCGUUCCCGGUGGGCAGACAGCAGGUCUCUCGGCUGGAUGAGAGGAUGAGCUCCAGAGAUCCGUGUGAGAGCGGGUACCUCAGCCUGGGCGUCCCGCUGCCUGCCCGGGCUGUGAGUCGUGAGGAGGGAGGCCAGCCCGCCAUGCUGGGCGCAGAGCCUCCCGAGGCAGCGGGGAGCCCCACGCAGGAGCCCCCCGACAGCCUGGAGAUGCAGCUGAAGGUGGACUUCUUCCGCAAGCUGGGCUACUCCUCGGAGGAGAUCUACAUUGUCCUCCAGAAGCUUGGCCUCAGUGCUGACACCAACACUGUCCUUGGGGAGCUGGUGAAGCAUGGCCCGGCUGAGCGGGACCCUAUGGAGACCCCGCAGGAGACCAAGGAGGCUCCUCUGGUCCCUCGGGGAGGAGCUGCCAACAAGACCCCUGCACCCAUGCCGACUCCAGAGGAGAAGGAGAGUGAUAACCUGAAGCCCAUUGUUAUUGAUGGAAGCAAUGUGGCAAUGAGCCAUGGGAAUAAAGAAGUGUUCUCCUGCAGAGGUAUCCUGCUGGCUGUGCAGUGGUUCUGGGACAGGGGCCACAAGGAUAUCACAGUCUUUGUGCCGUCUUGGAGGAAGGAGCAGCCACGACCAGAUGUACUUAUAACAGACCAGUACAUUCUCCGUGACCUUGAAAAGAAGAAAAUUCUGGUCUUCACUCCUUCCAGGCGGGUUGGAGGCAAGCGUAUUGUCUGUUAUGAUGAUCGGUUCAUUGUGAAACUGGCACACGAGUCUGAUGGCAUUGUGGUUUCCAACGAUACUUAUCGGGACCUGCAGAAUGAGCGUCCUGAGUGGAAGAAAUUCAUCGAGGAGCGUCUGCUGAUGUAUUCCUUUGUAAAUGACAAGUUUAUGCCUCCAGAUGAUCCCCUAGGACGACAUGGCCCCAGCCUGGAUAACUUCCUGAGAAAAAAACCUGUGGUGCCAGAACACAAGAAGCAGCAGUGCCCUUAUGGGAAGAAAUGCACUUAUGGAAUUAAGUGUAAAUUCUACCACCCUGAAAGGAUCAAUCAACCCCAGCGCUCGUUAGCUGAUGAACUCCGAGCCAAUGCAAGGCUGUCUCCUACCAGAAGUACCAGUGCUGUCAAGGAGGAGAAAAAGGGCAAAAGAAGUUCCCAGGCAGAGAGUGAUAAAAGCUCUUUGCAGAAGGUCUCUGCAGAGAGGAAAAGCUUGACCCAUAAAACAAAGCCCGGUGAUGUUCCACUUCAGGUCAAAGGCUGUGUGUCAGGCAGUGUUCCUCCUACCAGUGGGAGCCAUAGGUCCUCUGAAAGGUACCAGCAUCCUCACAUGGACUCUCUGCCUUAUAUCUCUCAGGAGCAUCUUGACUCAGGCAUUGGGUCUCUGGAGAACCAAAUGUCUGACAUGUGGCCUUACAGAUCUACCAGUCACUGUGAUCACUCCCAUGCUGAGCAGGUGGCAGUCUGCACCUGCAGUAGGCAGAGAUCUGUCUACCCACACUCUUCCAGCUUAGAGCAAAAUGGUCUGGUCCCUUAUAAGCAUGGUUCCCAUAAAUCUUCUGCCUCUGGUGCUAGCUUCUUGCAGUAUAACCCUGAGAUAUCUCACUCAGGGCCACCUCACUCUUUCUCAGGCUAUGGAGUACCCAUACACCCAACUAAUGCAGGGCAGUACAGCCUGCCCAAUGAGUAUAACGCCCCUCCGUCUCAUUCUCGUGAGUACUGGUCUGAACCAUACCAGAUGCCUCCUCCUCAGGUGAGAUCUACCAGUGUGCAAGAUCCUCGGUCAGUGCAGAGAGCCCCGGGGCCAACAUACGGGGACUCCUGCCAGUGGGUGUCUGACCAGUUUGUAGAGGAGAGGGCCAACGUGCAUGUCAAGCUGUGUGGCAUAUUUCAUCCCCAUUUAGUCGAUGCUGUGAUGAGCCGUUUCCCUCUGCUUUUGGAUCCCCAAAGGCUAGCUGCAGAGAUACUAACAUACAAGUCUCAGAAUCCAGGUAUAUGAGGCAGAUGCCAAGGGCAGCUGGCAUGCCAAGCUUGCAGGGCAGUGUUUGCACCCUGUAGCUGCCAUAGAUGCCUUUUGAGGGCUCCUCCUUGUUCCUUGGAAGUCUUAGGCUCCAGCUGGAGGCUGGAUACCAGAUGUGGUAUGCUCACAGUGAUUUCUGGUGUAGUCAUGACAGUGUGCCCCUUAAAGGUGUGAGAGCAGUCUGUGGCCCUGUCCUCCCCAGAUGAUGCUGAAGAGAGUCUGGGUACUGGGCAGGAGGAGAGGCUGCUGUUUCGGAGCAGGGUUUUUCCCCUGGGGGUUACAUGGUGAGUCAGGUACACCCUAAAUUCCUGCAGUUCAGAACUGAGCAUGGCUUUACUCCUCCCAGUAGCUCAAGUUUUGAGAUGGCUCAGUGUAUGAUCAGGCAUGCAGAGGGAGGACUUUGUGGGGCCUGUGAAAGAUAAGGGGAUACCACACUCUGUAGUGGAGUGAGGCUUUAUGUGAAAACUGAAAUGCAUUGUCGAGACUGUUCCUAGCCCUUUACUGAGCAUCUUUACUAAACUGUACUAUGCAGAUCUGUGGAAAAUGUUGGGUUAUAAAUCUAGUAUGAAGCUAGGUUUAGCUGACUUUAAUUUGGCUUUAUUGGUGCAAUUCUUUAAUGAUACUUUCCAUGCCCCUCCCACUUAAGCUUACCUUCCUGAGACAAGGUAAUUCUAUGGUCUGUACCCCAAGUGCUCAGCAAGCUGCUCAGCUCCCAGAAAUAAGAGGAGCUAGGAAUAUAAUCCUUCCUUUCUCAGGAUGAAACACCUGACACUGCUCCAAAGCUGCAUGUGAGUUGUUUGGCAUUUGCUGGAAAAGGCAUUAGUCAAAACGUGUGGCUGACCACGCUGUUGAUGCUGCUCUAAAACAUUGGCCUUGCCUGGUAUCCUGUCUUUGGCUUUUCUCUGUGUAACACUGACAAAGAGAAUUUAUGAUACUGUGCCUUUUGUCUUGAGACAGCAAUAGUUUUGAGCAUUCAGUAAAACAGCUGUAGUCAUGUCUGGACUGCUGCCAAUACUGUUCCUGAGGAUUCCUUAAUAUUCUUUGUAAAGCUGUUGCUUCAUCUUCCUUCUCACUAUUUUGCUGUCCCCUUAAGCUUUGUCAAACUGUAACAGCAUCCAGAAAUGUAGAAUGAGACUUACUUGGUAAGACUGUUCCCCUUUCGUUCCCUGUUACUCUGUAAGAUGUUUUUUUUUUUUACUGUAGAUACUGUAACAGAUUUUAAAUAUGCAAAAACAAUUGCUGUAGUAAUUGGUUCUGGUCCUGGAAUUUCAUUGUGCGUAGAGUGCAAAGAGGUUUCUUGCACUGCAGGCCAGAAGCAGUUGAUUUGUUGAUACACAUUGUAUCUGUGUUUUGUUUUGUUUUUUUAAUGUCCAUCUUGUGGUUAAACCAAGGUUGUUGAGUGGCAAGUUAUGAAGGGGAGAGUGGAAUACAGCUAUUGCCGAGAACUCCUGAGGAAUGGUUUUGUGUAUUACUGUUCUUCCCUCUGUCUAAGGAGUGACCUACCCAAACUGGCACCAUGUGCCAUAAAAACCACAGGGACACAGAAACCUGUAUACCUGGUUAAUUAUGAUACAUUACAAAUUAGUAAUGUUUCAUGUUAGUAAGCAAAAUGCUUCUUAAUUUUAAGUAACCUGAUACUUUGCAUAUUUGUAAAUUACAGGAAAAAUGGUUUUUAAUGUUAUUGUCAGCAACUUGCUGCUUGAUGCUGGUUUUAAUUAGUACUAUUCUCGACUCAGCCAUUGUGUUACUUGGCGUAGUGUUUUUGUUUUUCUGGCAGAAUGCUGAUAUAUGCUUCUCUUGCAAUCAGAAGACUAACAAUUUAUACUCAAAAGUUGACAUUUUACUGAACUUUCUGUAUCCUUACGCAGUAUAUAGUUUAUGUACUGAAUGGAGGCAGCUGUGUGAAAGCCAUGGCAAAGUAAGAACUUGUGUUAUAUAAAUAAAAACUGCUGAGUUGAAUUAUUUGGGCUCUGGUGGCUUUUUGGAAGACCAUUCAACAUGUAGCUUGCUUUCCAGGGAAGUCAGAAGAUAUCCUGCCUCCCUGGGGAUCCUCUGGUGGUCUCAGAUCUCCACACACAGGUGAACAGCAGCAGCAGUCUGGCUGGAUGUUGACAGGCUUAAUUGAUGCAGUAUGAUAGGUUAAAAAAAAUUGUUCCAAAUUGCUGUAGUAGAUAAUAGCAUGUCCAGUUAUUUGUUUACUAUGGCAUUACUGAGUCAAUCCAUGGCACAGGGGAUGCACUGGCAAUUAAGGUGUGAUUAAGGCAGCAACGCAGUGGUAUACGUGACUCUGACUUGGCAGUACGAAAACUGCAGUGUUGGGUAUCUCGGUUGAUAACACAUAGUACACUCCUGAUUAUUACGGAGGAAAGUGUGGGCUGUGGAUCAAUUUUAAUCUAAAAUUUAGUAGUUCUAAAGUACAGAAACAAAUGCACAUUUUCUCCGGUUAUGCAGCACGUCUGUGCCAGAUAUGAGCGUGAUGGUGUGCUCAUUGUAACGUGUCAAGACUUUGCUCUAAAGCUUUGUUAUGAGCUGGGAAGGAAAAGCAGUAAGAACUGAAGUGCUUGCAUUUCAGGAGAUGAAUCUUCCCCUCCCACCUGCUAUAUUGUAGUACAGCAUGUUCUUAUCUGACUUGGCAAAUAAUUUUAUGGUCCUUAUUCAAAUUUGUGCUCUUAAUACAGGGCAAUGACUAUUUCUAGUUAACAAAAACAAGAAGAGCAGGUGCUCCUGGGAAUAUUGUUUUGCUUCAAAAAACAAAUCUGAAGUCUGAGCCUCAUUAUCUGAAAGGUCAUUAUCUGUUGCAGAGGAAUCCUUGGAAGGAUGUUGCAUGUGAAGUAAGCCUGUGUGGCUCUGUGUGCAUGUGAUGGGCCGUGGUGAGGGGGAAUUAAGUGAUGGGUCAGAUUGGAGCCGAUCUUUUAACUGGGUAAAGACCUCUUUGCAGUGGGGUUUGUAUCUGCUAUGAGUUGUUGGGUAUAAGGUGAGGUGUUUGGUGUUAGCUGACAGCCAGUUAAACAUUCUUGCCCCUAAAUUACUUCCUCUCUAGAGGCGUUCCUGGCAGUGACAUUUCUUGUAACCCAGAAUGAAAUCUGUACAGCUGAAAAAUGUUACAGGAUUUCAGGGCUGGGUCUUCCUGUAAAAUCCUAAUAAAUGUUAGUUCUUCGGGAUGCG